GACCCACUUUAUCCUUCAGAAAUGACCAUCCACGGGCACGAUUUACCCAAUUUUCGUUUCAAACAAAAAUCUUUUCUGUUUUGUGUAGGAACCUGUUUUGAGAUCCAAAAAGACGCAAAUAACACUUCAGUGAUGUAGUAAAAACACAAAUGACGAAUUUAGUUAGAAGUUGUCGAUUCUAAACCCGAAAUUAAACUUUGAGGUUAUGUAAACCGAAAGACCGGAAAAUGAAGUGACCGAGAUGUCGAAUCUAGAACCACUGGAAAACUUUACUCAUGUACAAGUUCCAUCCAGCGUUCUUGAGUGUAAAAUUUGUUCGUACUCCACUGUGUCCAGUUUUUUCAUGAUGAAGCACACAAGAGGUCACCGCACAUCGUUACAAUAUUUCAACUGCGAACGUGCCAACAUUGAAGCGUUUUACUGCAUUGAUUGCAAUUUUCAAACCCAGCUAACAAUUAUUUUCAAGGAGCAUUCAAAAAACACGAACAAACGCACAUUCCAGAAGUAUACGUGUAAUCAUUGCCAUUUCAAAAGUCACAGUUGCAUUAAGUCGCUUCAGCAUAGUAUAAAAUGUGUCAAAGUUGCUCACGAAGAGAAUGUUUGCACCUGGUAUAACUGUGACCAGUGUGGACGCAGAUACAAAUACAAGUAUAGUUUGAAACAACAUAAAAUUUUCAAACACUCGUACAUUGACAAGUGGUAUCAAUGCGGAAAGUGUUCGUACAAAACCAAAGAAAUACCAUACUUAAAGCACCACAUGAGUUUGAACCAUUUAAACAAAACAGACGUCAAAGCGUUUGAAUGUGACAAGUGUCCAUACAAAACACGGUAUAAAGGAACUUUGAAACACCACAUGACGGCUCGGCAUUCAAACGACCACGAUAUCGAGUGGCACUACUGCACAAAGUGUCCCUACAAAAGCAAAUUUAACUCGAAUUUAAAAAGCCACGUGAAUGUGCAUCAUUUAGACGAAAAAGAUAUCAGAUGGUAUGAAUGCAAAGAGUGUCCAUACAAAACUAAACAAAAAACGGCCUUAAAUAAUCACAUAAAUGCGUAUCAUCUGAAUGAGGCGGACGCUAAAUGGUAUGAAUGUGAAAAGUGUCCGUUUCGAACUAAACAGAAAACGACGCUGCAAGGCCACAUGGUUGGGCGACAUUUGGAUGAAAGGGAUAUUAAGUGGCACGAAUGCGACCAGUGCACGUACAAAGCUAAGCAAAAGUAUCGGUUACAAAGGCACGUCAUUGCGAUGCAUCGGGACGAACGGGAUAUCACGUGGUACAGAUGCAACAAGUGUCCAUACAAAGGUAAACAGAAUUAUAAUUUGAGGAGGCACAUAAAUUUGCACCAUGUGGCCGAAUAGGAUGUUUAAUGUUUUUUAUUCGGACGUGCCUCUCAACGCGAUGUGCGUACCGAACGAUAUUUUCCUGUUUUUGACGAUAUUUAACAUGUGUUUUAUGUAUGUUUGUAAUGGGGAAUUCGAUUCACGAUGUAGUCUGAAUAAAUUAAUUUCUGAUUUAUCGAAUUUCGCUAUUUCAAAACACAACGUAGGGCUCCGAUUUUGUUGAGGAUCACAGGUCGUUUUUCGAAUUUUUCGCGGGUUUUAAAAUGUUGUGCGCAUGUCUUAAUUUUGGCGGUUUAUUGUGCGUCGACUUCUGGUAUACAUGUGUGUAAAAGUUGGCUAAAAAUUGUUACUUUUAAUUUGUU